AUGUCAGUCAUUACUCCAGAGAAUUGUAAUAAAGUGCUACAGCUCGUCAAGGAUAAUUUUCCCGAGGGAGAAGGAUUCGGCAUUCAAAUUGUUAAGCUGAUGAAGUUCACUCAUGUCAGAAAUGAUAACGGAACUCAAGUAGUCACACUAUCAGUUCCUACUCAACCAUGGAUGCAGAACAAUUAUGGUAUUGUUCAUGGUGGUUGUACUGCUACUCUACUGGAUUAUAUUACAACUUAUGCCUUUAUCGCACAUGAAAAAUACUGGAAGGACUUUGAAGAAGACGACUAUGCCCUUGUGGUUGGCCAAGCGAUUCAAGAGUUUGGUCUCUCUCGACACAUUUCUACACAAUAUUUAUCUGCCAUUCCUAUAGGAAUUGAGCUAUUCUGUGAGGUUCGUUUAGAGUCAUCUACAAGUAGAUUCACUCAUACUUCAUGUCGAUUCCACGACGCUAGCGGCAAGAUAUAUGCCACUGGCACCCAUGACAAGGUCAAACAGGUCAGCAAGAGAUUAUCCAAGUUAUAG